AUGACGUUUAUGAUACCACAUAGAGGAUCAAUCACGGCGCAACGAACUUCCCGCCCCGCCACCGGCUCGACUUCCCAAUCCCGCUCCUCGACCGCUCCUCCCUCCCCGCUUGCUAUUGCCGAACAACUCACGACAGCAAGCGCCAUCCUCUUCGACCCAAAGUUCACCAACCGGCCCCCGCCGACUCACCUCAAGCCCACGCACGUCGGCACUCUCUCGCUCGACCGGACAGACUCUACCAUCAGCAUCCGCAAUCUCGGCGGAGGGCAGGCGAUCGCACACAUGGACAAACGUCACCCGAGUUCCUUCCAGCAGCUGGAGAAGCUGGGAGAGGGUACUUAUGCUACAGUCUUCAAAGGACGCAACCGUCAAACCGGCGAGUUCGUCGCGCUGAAGGAGAUCCACCUUGAUUCCGAAGAAGGCACGCCGUCUACCGCCAUCCGCGAGAUUUCGCUCAUGAAGGAGCUCAAGCACGAGAACAUUGUUUCGCUGCAUGAUGUCAUCCACACCGAGAACAAGCUGAUGCUCGUCUUCGAGUACAUGGACAAGGAUCUGAAGAAGUACAUGGACUCGCGCGGCGACCGCGGCCAGCUGGACCCUGUGACUAUCAAGUCGUUCAUGUACCAGCUCCUGCGCGGCAUCGCCUUUUGCCACGAGAAUCGCGUGUUGCAUCGCGACCUGAAGCCGCAGAACCUGCUCAUCAACAACAAGGGCCAGCUCAAGCUGGCUGAUUUCGGUCUCGCUCGCGCCUUUGGCAUUCCCGUCAACACGUUCUCGAACGAGGUUGUCACGCUCUGGUACCGCGCGCCAGACGUCCUGCUUGGUUCGCGUACGUACAACACCAGCAUCGACAUCUGGAGCGCCGGCUGCAUCAUGGCGGAGAUGUACACGGGCCGCCCGCUUUUCGCCGGCACCACCAACGAGGACCAAUUGCAGAAGAUCUUCCGCCUGAUGGGCACGCCGUCGGAGCGUAGCUGGCCUGGCAUCAGCCAGUUCCCCGAGUACAAGCCCAACUUCCACGUAUACGCCACGAAUGAUCUGCGCAUCAUUCUGCCGCAGGUCGACCAGCUCGGCCUGAGCUUGCUGAGCAGCAUGCUCCAGCUGCGGCCCGAGAUGCGCAUUUCUGCCCAGCAGGCCCUGCAGCACCCGUGGUUCAAUGACAUUGCCCAGGCGAGGGAGCAGCAGAGGCUGAACGCCCAGCAAUUGGCGGCGCAGCAGCAGGCUCAGCAGGCUCAGAUGGGCGGUGGUUAUUCCAUGGCGCAAGGUGCUUACUAG